AUCGACUGGAAACGCUAGCAACAGCUAUUAUUUUAACAUAGUAACAGAAUUGUUUCUCCCUCAGAUACGUCAUGUGGUACCCGAAUUUCGCGUUCACUGAAUCCCGAUUCAUCAACACGUUCUGGGAGAUCACGUGCCACUUCCUGCCAGCCUUCAUGUACGACAUGCUGCUGCGGGCUCAGGGACGGAAAGCUAUAAUGAUGAAACUGGCACGCCGUUUCAAAAUGGCCGCCGCAACUGGAGAAUACUUUGCCAAUCACGAAUGGCAGUUUGGCAUAUCGGAGCUGACGGCUUUACACAGUGAUGCCAAUAUUGCCAGUGACUCUGGCGCCUUUCCUCAUUGGCCAGCUGACUUCGAUUGGGACUCGUAUAUCGGAGCUUAUAUGUUUGGCAUCAGGCGUUAUAUAUUAAAGGACACAGCUGAUUCCCUGCCAGUAGCCAGGACUAAAUUACGAAGAUUAUAUUGGGUGCAUAAAUUAUUCCAAGCGGCAACAGGAUAUUAUUUAUUCAGACUCGUUGCCGGUCGUCUACGGUAAAAUGAACAAGUUUAUUCUAACCAUACUUUUAUACAAUAUGACUAAUUGAAUGUCCAAUUUCUGAGAGAUUUUUUUGAACAUUGAUCACAACGGACU